AUGGAUGCUCCAGAAGCAGAUUUCGACAUCAAACUGCAGAAGAUCUCGGCGGAUCUUCUAGAGGACUUUGACCGCUCUCUGCCCCAUUUCCUCUGGAAGCCUGAUGGUCAUGGAGGCACAAGAAUUCGUUCAAGGGUGCGCGCAAAGGAGAUUUUCAGACUGACCAGUUCUCUCCUGGACCCUUUCCAAGAACUUCCCCAGCUGCUGGAUCCAUAUCUCCCCAAAUGGAUCCCCCUCCUAGCUGAGGCGUUCCUAAAGCACCUGCAGACUCGCCAUCGUGGGAAAACUCUUUCUUCUCGUUCUAAACUGUUGGUUUCUGUGGAGUUCGCCAUAUGCAAGAUCCUGUACACGUUCUGCAAGAUUCGUGGCGAAAAAGUCAUUGUGCGCUUUCUCAACGUCGAAGCCAAGUAUCUAGAAUUGCUACUCAUUGCCAUUGAAGAGUCCGAGCAAGCUUCUGCCGAUGGUGUUACUCUUGGUAAAUGGUCUUGGGAAGAGCGCUAUGUUGUUCUUCUAUGGCUCUCCCACCUUCUACUAGCUCCCUUCGACCUCUCUACCAUUUCAUCUGUCGACCUGCAAGAUGUUACUGCUCCGGAUAUCCCGGGCAUGGUCUGGCCUGAGAACCUCCCUGCUAUUACUGUGCGCAUGAUUCCGCUUGCUAUCAAGUAUCUCAGUACUCCCGGAAAAGAGCGGGAUGCUGCAAAGGCUCUCUUGGUGAGAAUGGCGAUUCGACGUGAUAUGCAACAGCUAGGUGUUCUCAAGAGCCUCAUUGACUGGUCUCUUGCCUCACUACGGCCGAGAAAGGAUCAACCCCUUCAAACGACAUACUUUUGUCUCGGUAUACUGUCCUUCCUUGCUGGUGUCUUGCGGGCAUCGUCAGACACUUCUGACAUGAACCCUUAUCUUUCCACCAUAUUUUAUGCCAUCCAGGCGAUUUCUGUUGGCGAGGAUGAGUUGUCAAAGACUAUUAUCUCCUUUGCUCUUGCAAGGAAAAUGAUUCUCAAGGUGAUCCGGUCUGUGGUUGUGUUGCGCCUUCGUCAGCCACAAGACAUGGCCAGUACCGAGCUCACAGAGGCCGCCAUUGGAUACCUACUCGAAUCUGUAUCUGACAACGAUACACCAGUACGAUUUGCUGCCAGUAAAUCCCUGAGUAUCAUCACACUAAAACUAGACCCCGAUAUGGCUUCUCAAGUUGUCGAAGCAGUGCUUGAAUCACUGAAUCGCAAUGUUCUUUGGACGAAGCCGGCUGGAGGCAAACCAGUCAGGGACUUGUCCGCCGUGAAUAACCUCGAGUGGCACGGCCUGAUGCUCACGCUCUCACAUCUACUGUACAGACGAUCUCCACCAACUGAACAGCUUUCCGAUAUCAUCCAUGCCCUCCUUCUGGGCUUGUCAUUCGAGCAAAGAAGUAUGUCUGGAGGCAGUGUUGGAACCAACGUGCGUGAUGCUGCUUGCUUCGGUAUCUGGGCUCUGGCACGUCGAUAUACGAGUGAAGAACUUCUAGCUGUCCCCACGCACUCUGUCUUUGCAGCAAAAGCUCACCCUGCAACCAGUUCCAUUAUCCAGGUUCUGGGGACAGAACUUGUCAUAACUGCUUCACUGGAUCCCGCAGGAAACAUCAGACGUGGUGCAUCAGCGGCGUUGCAGGAGCUCGUGGGACGUCAUCCCGAUACCGUUGAGCAAGGCAUCUGGGUGGUGCAGACUGUUGACUACCACUCUGUUGCGCGACGUUCCAGAGCGAUUCAGGAGGUAGCCGUUAACGCGACCAGGCUAGCAAGUCAGUAUGGUGAGGCCAUUAUCGACACUCUUCUGGGCUGGAGGGGUAUUGGUGACCUUGAUGCUGCCUCGAGGCGUGUGUCAGGUGCCGCCUUUGGUGUUCUCACAUCCGAACUGUCAGACUUGAAGUCUGGCGAUCCCCUCACUCGGUUCAAAACCACUGUUCAACUGCUGACCGAGCGCCUCAAGACCCUUCAGCCACGCCAGGUUGAGGAAAGACAUGGUCUGUUAUUAUGCUUCGCAGCCGUCCUUGAUAAGUUCUCUGCGCUGUCUCAGGAGGGCACAUCUCAGGAGGAUUCGUCCCUGGUCAAUAAAAUACUCUUGACAGCAUCAGGUGUGCUGGAGAACUUGCAGUCGACGGCCUAUCGAAAACCGGAGCUGCUCGCUGAAGCAGCAAGUCGUCUUGUUGUUUCAGCGCUGCCCGUUUUGCAGACUGCAGUUCUUGGCACGAAUCAGCCAAUCCUCCGUCCAGGGCAUGAACUCGUCCAUCCCGAUAAUACAUCCGACUGUAUGAGUCUGGUAUCCAAGCUCGAUUCCUGCGAUGAAGAUCGAAGUGUAGAAGUAACACGUCUGGUAUCAGCGUUGCGAGCUAUAGUUCCAACAUGGUUGAAUCGCAGCGAACAAGAGACUAUUGAGCCGACCGCUGCUGCAUCACUAGUCCUGCUGAUGCUCUCCCAGCCAACUGGUAGAAAGGCACUCAUAGGUGAAUGGGCCGAAACUGUUGAGCGUCGCCCUACAAGUCGAACUGCUGUGCACGGCAACGGCUACUUUUCAGCACUUACGACUGCACAGCCCCUGGUGGACUCAUCUGAGGAUGUGGCUUGUCAAGCACUCUUGGGGCGAUGGGCAUGGGAUACCGAAGUUGACACUCGAGUGGCUAUCCUGCAGAGCCUGACACAGAGCAGUGUUUUACAUAAAAAGCCUCUGACCUUCUUGCAGUUGAUUGCUGAGGGGCUGAACGACUACACUACGAACGCCCGGGGAGAUAUUGGAUCACAUGUCCGUGUACAUGCUCUCAGAGCUGUCAGAACACUAUGGGGUAAACUAGAUGAGGUGAUAAAUGAGAGUGAGUGGGUAGAAACAUCUGUGCGGACACUCUUCUUCAGUGCUCUUCGCCUUUCUGCCGAAAAACUCGACCGAGUUCGUCCUGAAGCCCAAACUGCGGUGGCCCUGAUCCUGGAAGAAAGCCACGCCAAAAACUUCCUUGACCUCACUUUCUCUUCUAAAGCCUACUUCCAUAGCCUGUUGACUCUUCAUGCUGGGUCGCGUCUCCGGCUGUGGCUUCGCAAAGUAGCAAAAGAAGAGACGGGCCAAUGGAUGGCAGAGCUUAUGUCUGGUUUCGUUGGAUCCGCAGAUACCGGCAACGAAGAUCUAAUUAUUGCCAGUCGAGCGGCGCUUUGUGACUUUUGCGAGGCGAGUCAUGAGAACCUAGAUCUUGUCUGCCAGGCACUGUUACAGAACCUCAAGACUCGACAGGGUCAAGACAGGGUCAUUGUACCGACUCUUGAGGUUGUUGCAUUCCUUUUCCACGUGCAACUCUUCCAGAGGAGCAGUGUUGACCUUCGUAACCUGUGCCUGCAGACUCAGAAGGCGGGAUAUAAAACGGGUAACGUACGCAAGCUUGAGGCGUGCGUCAAAGUCUACGCUGGUGUUGCAUCAAUGCUUGGCCAAGAAGGUGCCGAGACAGGAGCCCAAGAAGCCAGAAAGCGCUUGGGGGCUCUGUUGUAUCACCCCUGGCCCAAGGUAAGGAGUAUGGUGGUAGAUGGACUCUGGGGUGUGCUUGGGGGACAGGAGGAAGCUGCAGAGAAGCUGAAAGGUGUAGACUGGGGUCAAGCUGGGAAGCCACAUAUCAAAACUGCAGUCGAGGAAUUGAGUGUUCGAGAAGAUGAAGUGCACGGUAAUGCACGGCUAUUCGGCUUGAAGUUUGGUUCCUGA